CAAACAUUUUCUUCAUAUUCUUCAUAUGUGCUCCGAUUCCAACAAUUCUUGGCUCGUUGGAAUGUGCUCGAUGUCAUGCACAAUCCAAGCACAUCUGCACAAGCACAAGAUGAACAUGCAAAGACAUGCAAACCCAACAAACCAUACAAACAACGUAGCACACAAAACACAUGCAACGAAAUGAUGCGAACAGACGACAGGAUG